UUGAAACGAAUGGGGGAGCCUUUGUCUUCAUUCUCCAUUUUCAACUUUUAUAAUUGGAUUCCCUCAAAAUCAAGCUGUACUUUUUGUUAAUUUUAUUCAAUUCACGCGUAAAUUCUUUUUAUUAUCUAUUAUAAAUGAGCUACAAUCGGCCACCUUUGGAUUCUGCCGGAGGUCGGCAUCGCGUUGGCAGCAGCGGCAGCGGCAGCAACAGCAGCAGCCGCGACCGAGAAUAUAGCCGGCCUGACCGGCCUGACCGCACAGACACAUAUCCGUUGGUAUCUCGAGACCGCAUACGCUCUGGCUCUAUGGACCAAGGUCAACCGCGCAGCAUUAACUACAGUCAAUCACAGUCCAGUCGCUGGACGGGGCAGGAUAGAUACCAGCGUGCGGGAGCUCAGGUGUCCAGCGACCAAGAACGUGUACACUGGGCGCAGCAGAGGAGUGGGCUGCCGAGACGGCACCCGUCAGAGGGGUCCCAUGGGAUGCAGAGGUUUGUCGCCAGGCAUUCAGUCAGUGGGGGAGAGAGGUUUAGGGGCGCGGCUGAGACAAGCGAGUCAUUGGAGGAGGGCGAGCUUGAUAUGGAGGACCGCAGAAUCACACGGAGAUUGACUGUGAAUGACCGUCUGGGUCUUAGGCCCGCAGAGACUAGACAUCCUCAACAGCAACAGCUGCAGCAGCAACAUCAACAGCAACAUCAGCAUACUCGACAGCCUGUGACUAGGGAUGCGACGCCGUCGCCCAGGCGGUCUCAGGACGAGGACGAGGACGAGGACGGGGACGAGGACGAGGACGAGAACGAGAGCAUACAUACCGAGGUACCUAAGCUUGAGCUGCAGAGCCGUAUUUCGGACAUUGACCGUGAAAUUGCAGAGUGCCAGGAGCGGCUGGUGCGCAUCACAUCCGUUACAGCUGAAGACGUGGUAGCGCCGGCCCAAAAUGAAGCGCAGCCGCAGGCGCUAGCACAGAGUGACGAUCGCACAGUGCCCGGCUCGCCACUUGGCAGUCCCAACAGCGCACCUUUAGAACCCGCAGCGCCCAGUGACCUGCUGCCAGCCUCUGCCGCUGCCGCCGCCACUGCGGCCGAGGGCAGCCCCCUUUUGGUUCCGCAGCAGGCAUCCAGCAGCCCAGGCGCCUCGUCCUCAUCCUCGUCUUCGUCCUCAGAUUUGGAUUCGGAUUCGAAUGACGAGCACAUGUCCGACUCAGAGUCGGCAUUGGACAACGACGGAUCCAAGGACCGCACGCGUGCGCUGGUGGCCAGCAUCUACGCCGACAACCAGCGGCACGCAGCCGCAAUGCACGCGGAGCUGGCGCAGCCCUUCCUCCAGGCAUAUCCACAGUUUGUGCCCGGCAUGCACCAGCAGCCGCAGGACUGGCCGUUUUGGAAAGAGAACGAGGCCGUGCAUGAGCAGCUGCGGCCGCACUUGGCGCGGCUGCUGGGGCGCGAGCACAGGCAGGACCGGGCGCACGCGCGGCGGCUGCAGGAGGAAUACCGCGACCUGUACGCGCGCUGGCGCCGGCGCGUCGAUAGGCUGGACCGGCAGCGCGAGGCACGGCAGCGCGGGACACCGCUGCAGGGCGCAGUGGCUGGGGGGAGCCACAGGAGGCGCGGCGCGGCCGUGCAGGCAGCGGAUGAGUUCGGCUUUACGCUGGGCCCGCUUUUCUCUGCAUCAGCAUCGGCGGCAGCGGCAGCCACCUCGGCAGACAGCGUCGACGCCAGCCUGUUUACGUCGGAUGCAGUGCACUCGGACGCCGAGCUGCAGAAGAUCAUCGAGCGGCUGCAGUACGACGACGCGCGCAAUCCGGAUCUGCGCAGCCAGCGCACGGCGGCGGUCAUUCCCAACAUGGUUCUGGGUGCCAAGGAGCACGCAAUGCUGCGCGUAGAUAACGGCAGUCACCGUGUCGAUGACCCCAUGGCGUUCUACCACGCGCACGCGCCGACGCCUGGGUCGCCUGAGUAUCGCCGCGUGGCGUACGCGAACAACGCCGACCCCAGCCACUUUUGGACGCAGCCCGAGGUGUCCGCGUUUGUUGCCGCCUACCUCGCGCACCCGAAGCAGUUUGGCCGCAUCGCCGCGGCCAUUCCGCACAAGUCCAUGAACGACUGCGUGCUGUUCUACUACCGCAACAAAAAACCCCUGCGUCUAAAGGAGCUUGAGGCUCGGAGCAACAAGAAAUCCAGGCGCAGGCAGCAGCAGCAGCAGCCCGGCGGCAGGAAGCGCAAGGAGAAGGCCAGGGAGAGGCGAGAACGCCGUGCCAGGGAGGAGAGAGAGCGCAUGGCGGUGGAGGCUGCUGCCUCGUACGUUUCUGCCGCUGAAGGCGGCCAGGCAGUUGUCGAGGAUGGCCAGAGCAGCGAGGAGGAGGGCGUCUCGGCCAUGGAUGUCUUGGACCGCAGAUCGAAGAGCAGCGCGCUGUUGCGCAGCAUCAUUGCGGCCAACCGGCAGAGAAAGAGGGAGGCAGGCGGUGGAGACGAGGGGGAGGUGUUCAGUCGCAGCGGGCUUUUGAAUCUCGCUCUGGGCGUGGAGGAGCCUGAGGAGGAUGAGGAGGAGGUUGAGCCCGAAACCAGGCCCAGGCCCAAACCCAGGCCCAGGGAAGCGACGCACACCGACACCACGCCUGCCUCUGCUCCCUCUGCCUCUGGCUCCGCCCCUGCUUCUGCCAAUGCAAUGGACACUGAUUCUGAUCUGAAGGCGCCGAUGGUGGUUGGCUCACCCCCGCCCUCCGCCGUGUCUGCCCCCGCUUCGGUGUCCGAGCCUGUGCCAGUGUCUGCCGUCGAUUCGAGGCAGUGGAAUGCGGGCAGCGGCAUCGAGGGUGGGGGCAGCGGCGGUGACGACGACGAUGACGAAGAAGAGGGUGAGCUAGUUGAGGACGACGGGCACUGGGGGCCGCGCGGCUCGUGCGCCAAGCAUGCCCAGCCUCAGCCUCAGCCUCAGCCACAGCCUCUACAGGCUCCGCCCGCAAUGCCGCCGCAAAAGUCCAGGCAGCGGUCUGAGUUCAACGCUUACGCGCUGGGCGGCAGCAUCGUGCGCACCCGGCGCACCUGCGAAAUCGAGCAAGCAUCGGCAGCGGCUUUAUCAUCGUCGCUGGCGCAGAUGCCCGCAGCCAGCGCUACCUCAGGUGCCGUGGGCAAUUCCGACUCGGGGUCUGACUCGGGCACCAACGACGACGACAUGGAGGACGAGGAAAUCGUCGAGGCCAGCGGCGUGGUCUCUGCCGGAUGUAUCAGCGGAUUACCCGGUAUUUCUCAGGGGGGCACAAGUGGGGUGCUUUCGCGGGUGGUGUCACGCAAGAGCCUCUCGCGGUUCGGGGUCACGCUGACAGCCAUUGUGGACGCGACAACGGGCGGCGAGCGGGACACGGAUUCGCCGCCUGGGUUCUGGCACGGCCAGCCCUUGAGAGAGAAGAUUGACGGAGGGCUGGUGACUGAUCCCUCAGCAGCCUCUGCGGCUCCUCAUCUGGAUGGAUCCGCUGUGGGUGAGCGCCCGACGCCCAAGGAGUCUGCUCUGGACCGGUACGUUACCUCGGAGCCAUCUGUGCUUAAGCGGCCCAUCAGCUCGUACGAGACCCUGCUGAUUGGCUCCACAGCGGCAACCGCAGAUACAAAGCCCACCGGUGCCUUGCCCGGGACGGCGCAUAAGCGGAUGCUGGAGGCGCAGGUAGAGAUAGAGGCUGGCGCGCAAGAGUCUGUCCUUGUGGGGGCAGCCGCGUGGGUACGCGACGACCGGCGCCGAGUGCUGCGUGGGUUCCACCGGCUGGGCGCUGAUUUUGCGCAGGUCGCCUCACUGAUGCCAUCGAAAACCAUGGCGCAGUGUCGGUACUUCUUUUUCCACUACCGCACGCCCGACGGCGCGCUGAUCAGCGACAUUAUUGCCAAAAAGCAGGCGACAGGGGCAGCGGACAGCAGCAGCAGCAGCAAGGCUACGGGGAUGCAGCCGAGGGUUGACUCCCUUGUGUUACCGCCGGUGGCCAGGCGUAUGCCCGAUGGGCUGGUGCUGCCAAUUGGCGGGGCCAAAAGACAGCGCACGCAAUCGCCACAGCCGUCAGCGCAGUCGCAGCAGCCGUCGCAGCAGACUCUAUCGGCGAUGAUGGCUAUGGGCGGUGCGGUGGAUUCGAGUGGCGACGAGGACGACGAGACGCCAUUGGCUGCGCAGUUAGCUGAGGAGCUGGCUGCGCAGGUCCUGGCCAUGGACAACAACAGCUUGCCAGCGACUCCCAUGCCCACGCACCAGAAUCAGCAGCAGCAGCAGCAGCACCAGAGGCGUGCAUCCGAGGUUGUAUCUUCGAGCCGGUCCUCCGAGCUAUCACAACUGCAGCCGCGUCCGUCCAUGACGCUUGUUCUUCCACCGAAAGUAUCCGUCAUCGACCCAGCCGCUGCCAACAACGGAAGCGUGGCGAGCCAGCAGAGCGGACGAACACCAUCUCCAGCGCUUCCCUCUGUGGCUGGUCCUGCCUCUGCCAUAUCGACUGGAGCCGGGGCAGCAUCAUCAUUGGCAGCGGCAGCAGCUACAAUGACGGCAAAGAAGAGCGGGUACUCGUCGUAUUGGUCUGUGCAUGAGCGGUCUGCGUUUAUGCAUUACGUUGUUCGCUUGGGCCAGGAUUGGCUUGGGUUGGCUGAGGCGAUUGGGUCCAAGACAGGAACACAGGUGCGGAAUUAUUUUAGGGCGAACCGAGAGAAACUGGGCUUAGAUGCGGUCAUCGUAGAGUAUCAGCGGAACAAACUCGCUGGAACUGUUCCGCCUAUGACACCCUUCCAGCCGCCACCACCACCGCCAGCACCAACUCUGUCUUUGUCGUCUGCAAUGGUGCCGAUGUCCUCGGUGGUGUCGCUGGGAUCGGGCGGCUUGUCGGCUAUUAGGAGUGCGGUGGGCGAGGAGGAGGGUGUGCGGAAGGAGAAGAGGGGGAGGAAGAGAAAGGUCGAUUUGGCAAAGUCUGCUGCCGCGGUUGAUCAGCCUAUGCCGCCGCUGCCAAUGUCUUUGCAGAUGGGAAGCGGUUCGGCACCGAUGGUGGGGCCGAGCACAGCGCCAGCGUCGAUGGCUAACUUCCCUACGAUGGGCGUGGAUGGCGGCAGAGCGGUCAUUUACGCGCGCUCGUCGGCGGCCUUGCCUGGACCCGAAACGCACUACGCCUUGCAGCAACAUCACCACCACCAUCAGUCUCCGCAUCAUCAAUCCCAGUCUCAGCAGCAACAGCAUCAGUCACAGCCUCAGCAGCCUCAGUCUCAGCAGCAUCAGUUCCAAUCAAACAGCCACUCGCGCACGCGCCCUCCGUCGCUAUCUCUGCAGCAAGGCAGCUGGCCACCGCGACCACCGUCGUUUGCAGCGCAAGGAACCAUGGUGCGCGCCGAGUCUGAUACUUUGUCGUCGCAGCCGACGCCGCCGCCAGUCGAGGGCCUGCCGCGGUUCUCAUCUUCGCCGGUCGUGCCGACGGCGUAUAUUCCGAGAUCAUCGGUGUUGCAGAUUUCCAACUUGACAUCGGCUGUGUCGCCCCUGCCGCCGGUUGCGCGGAUCAUCGAGGAAGUAGAGGACAGGGACGAGGAUGAUGAGGAGCCGAGGAAGGUCAGUGUGACCAAGAUCAAUGCACUAUUGAAUGAUGAUUCACCGGUGGAUACGCCGCAGAAAUGGUUCGAGGACGAGGAUCAGGGGGGCCAGGGAGACGGUGAUGAGCGAGGGAGGCGAGAUAAGGAGGAGGAUGAGGCAACGGGGAUUGCGGCACUGGCACUGGCGUCGAUGAUGGAGCAGAAGCCGGCAUCCAGGCCUUCCUCUGUUGUGCAUGACCGGCCGCUGUACCCGCCGAUGUCCAUUGGCCCCAGCGCAUUCUCCCCCCUGGGCAACAAUGCCGGUAGCAGCAGCAGUGGCCCAAUGUCGCCACUGCAACACCCACAGAAUCAGCAGCAUCAGCAGCACUUUAUUGGAACCAGACCGUCUUCUGUUGGCCCUGCUUCGAUCCCGUAUCAUCAACAUAGCCCGCAUUUGACGCAUCGCCAGCACCCACACCUGCAUCAGCAUCAGCACCAGCACCCACAGCAUUUGCAGCAGGUGCAUGGGAUAAGGCAGCGGAAGCCGUCGGCGCCUUUGCCCUUGCCAAUGCCCCAGAGCGGCGGGUAUGUGCCUUAUGGCAGUUCGGGCAUGCAGCAACAGGAGAGGGUGGUUUUGCCGCGGCCGCUGAUGUCUGCUGGCGUGGGGCCGGCGGCGAGGAGGGUUGUAUAUCACUCUCCUUCGACUGUACCACCACCCCAACAGCAGCAGCAGCAUCAAGCGUCGCAUGGGUUCCAUGGAUAUACGCAGUCUGAGUCUCCUGUGGUGCACCAGAGACAGAUGUUCCAGGUGCCAGGCCAGCAGCAGCAGCAGCAGGUGCAUUAUUACCAUAGCCAGCAGCAACAGCAGCAGCGGCAGCAUCCUCCUUCACAGCAGCCGUCGCCAAUGUUGCAACAGUCAUCGCCAAUGUUACAGCAGCAGCAGCAUCCUAUGCAGCUUCCGCCGCCGCAGCUGCCGCCUCUCCCUCCACAGAACCCGCCUUCAUCGCAGUACCACCAAAACCAGAGCCAGAACCACCAUUACCCGCCACAGCAAUGAGUUUUUUCAUGUUUGAGUUUUUUCAUUUACGUUAGUAAGAAUUAAACAUUACGUAUUUCAUUCUAUUAUAUUUGGUUGUUCUAGCUCUAGCUCUGGUUCUGGUCCUGGUUCUGGU